CCGAUUCGAUCCCCGAUUCAUUUUCUUUGUUUUUUGAAACCCUGUUGUUACAUCUACAUUUUAGUACAAUUUUUAGUAUAUUGAUACGGAGUUCGGACGCGAACAAAAGCCUCUGCUGUCGACCAGGGUCCUUAGAGGCGGAGAAACAGACCGAAGCGACGAGAGAUGAGGAAACGAGACUUAGCCAUUCUGCUACUUUCAUCCUUCGCCAUAUUCUUCUCUCUUCAGCAUGAAGGAGACUUCUCCUUCAAGGAGGCUUGGGUUCAUCUUUCCGAUGAUUACCCUAUCAAGUAUGAAGCUGAGCGUCUACCACCUCCAGUUGUUGCUGACCUUAAUGGCGACGGAAGGAGUGAAAUUCUCGUGGCAACUCACGAUGCCAAAAUUCAGGUGUUGGAACCACAUGCUAGGAAUGUGGAUGAAGGAUUCAGGGAAGCACGAUUACGAGCAGAGAUUUCUUUAUUGCCUGACAAGAUUCGUGUUUCAUCAGGGAGGCGUGCAGUAGCCAUGGCCACUGGAGUUAUUGAUCGUACUUAUAGAUCUGGAGAGGCACAGAAACAGGUCCUAGUUGUUGUCACAUCGGGGUGGUCAGUGAUGUGUUUUGAUCAUAACCUCAAGAAGCUAUGGGAGGAUAAUUUGCAGGAGGAUUUUCCGCAUGGUGCUCACCAUAGGGAGAUUUCAAUUUCUAUAACCAACUAUACUUUGAAGCAUGGAGAUGCAGGAUUAGUUAUUGUUGGAGGCAGGAUGGAAAUGCAGCCACAUCUUUACAUGGAUCCUUUCGAAGAAAUUGGAAUGGCAGAGAGAAAUGCUGAACAACACAGAAGAAGUGCUAAUGAAAAGGAGGCUGUUGAGAACUCUGGGACAGUGGAUCUACGUCAUUUUGCAUUUUAUGCAUAUGCUGGUCGCUCUGGUGUACUCCGGUGGAGUAGAAAGAAUGAGAAUAUUCAGACCCAGUCCACAGACGCAUCACAGUUGAUCCCACAGCAUAACUACAAGCUUGAUGUUCAUGCUUUAAACAGUCGUCAUCCUGGAGAGUUUGAAUGCAGAGAAUUCAGAGAAUCAAUUCUUGGAGUCAUGCCGCAUCACUGGGAUAGGAGGGAAGACACGGUGUUUAAGCUGGCGCAUUUUAGAAGGCACAAAAGGAAGUCAUUGAAAAGAACACCUGGUAAAGGUAUGAAUUACCCUUUCCAUAAGCCUGAGGAAAACCAUCCUCCGGGGAAGGACCCGACCAAAAAAAUUGCAAAUCUGAUUGGGAAGGCUGCAAAAUAUGCUGGCUCGGCAAAAUCGAAGAAGCGGUUACCUUAUGUUCCUACCAUAACAAAUUACACCCAACUUUGGUGGGUUCCUAAUGUGAUUGUUGCUCAUCAAAAGGAGGGGAUAGAAGCAGUUCAUCUGGCCUCUGGCCGCACUGUUUGUAAGCUUCAUCUUCAAGAAGGGGGCCUACAUGCUGACAUUAAUGGAGACGGAGUCCUAGAUCAUGUUCAGGUAGUUGGGGGAAAUGGUGCUGAGCAGACUGUGGUAAGUGGGUCCAUGGAAGUGCUGAGACCUUGCUGGGCUGUUGCAACUUCGGGUGUACCAGUACGAGAACAGCUCUUCAAUGCUUCUAUAUGCCAUCGUUCCCACUUUAACAUGUUCCAACAUGGAGAAUUUGCAAGAAGCUUUGAUCAUACCCAUGAUGUUGGUUCCCUAGAGGUGGCAACACCCAUUCUCAUCCAAAGAAAUGAUGGACAUAGGCAUCGGAAAGGAAGCCAUGGUGAUGUUGUAUUUUUGACAAACCGGGGGGAGGUGACAUCAUACUCUCCGGGUUUGCACGAUCAUGAAGCUAUCUUCCGGUGGCAGCUUUUGACGGGUGCUACAUGGUCGAAUCUUCCAUCACCAGCUGGGAUGAUGGAAACUGUAGUGGUGCCCACCCUGAAGACAUUCUCUUUGCGUGUACAUGAUAAUCAAGAAUUAAUCCUUGCAGCAGGAGAUCUAGAAGCCAGUGUGAUAUCCCCUGGAGGAAGCUUAUUAACUUCAAUAAAUCUUCCUGCUCCUCCCAUGCAUGCUUUGAUAUGUGAGGACUUCUCUAAUGAUGGGCUCACCGACAUUAUUCUCGUGACCUCCAGUGGGGUAUAUGGGUUUGUCCAGACCAGGCAGCCAGGUGCCCUCUUCUUCAGCACACUAGUGGGUUGUCUCAUAGUUGUGAUGGGUGUCAUAUUUGUCACCCAAUACCUAAAUUCCAUGAAGGGAAAGCCGCGUUCUGUAGCCGAGUACAGGUGAAAUGUGAUUACCGCAACAUGUACCCUGCCAAAACAGUUCUGCUGAUGGAGUAUCCACAUAACAAACCACAUGUUUAGAAAGAGAGCACGCCUAUCGGGCUAGAGAUAUGUGCAAUGUGUAGACCACAUUGGGUUGAGGGCAGAGCAGAUCAGGUUCAAGGAAAUGGACUUUGAAGGGAGUGGCCUUUGAAUUAGGGUAUACAUCUCUCUCCUGGUCUGGUUCUGGUUCUGGUUCCUCCUCUGAUAGCUGUUUUUACUCUGGUUGGCUUUUAGUCGCAACUUUGACCGACUUUGAAGGGGUAGGUGAAAAAGACUAGGCCUUUUCUUUUCGUCAUUUUUUUUUUGGUUUGGGGGGGGGGGGGGGGGGGGGUGGGGGUGGGGGGUGUGGUUCGGUGGGGUUGUGUUGUUAAAUUGUUAAUAAUAUAUCAUAGAGAUUGAUGUUUGCGUAUUUUCUGCCUCCUAACCCCAGAUGGUUACUAUAGAACUUGAGCCUUUGCAUUCUGAACGAGGGUCUUACUGUGACUAACUAAAGUUGAGGCAGUUAUAUUUUUGAUGGAAA